AAAAAAGAAAAACAAAGUUUUGGGUUGCCACUCUUUCUCUCCGUUUCUCUUUACCCUUUUUAAUGCCUGAAACUUACUUCCUCUUGGUUUUUUUUCUAAAGGUUUUUCUUUGCACCCACUGCCUGCCUUACUACAGUGACAAAACAAGCCCUGCAAUAUUUCCUGCUGACUCUCCUCGAGUCAACUCGGUCUUCCACCUCUCUCUUCACUCGCUCACUUCCUUCAUUUCUGAAACCCCAAUUUUUCUGCAAUCAAAUCCAAAGAUAGUGAUUGGACUCCAUAUAUGUAGCGUAGGGUGACUACUAGCUACAUUAUUCUUGGGGAAGAUACGAGAACCAGAAAAUCAUUGAAUGGAGGAGUUGGCCAAAAAGCAAAUAUUAACGCUGGAAAUGAUAUGCUUUAUUAGCUUUUGACUUGGUGGGGAUUUAAAACUUUCAAGGAAACAACGAUCAGCAUGUCAUAUCCUGGGUCACAGCAGCAUUUUGGACUCAGUGACUUGCAACUUCUACAGCAGCAGCUUAUGCUUGCACGGUUACAGGAACUUCAGAAACGACAGCAAUUUGGGCAGUUAGGUGAUGGAAAGCCAUCAACCUCUUUAAAUAAUAUGCCCCUAUAUGGUAAACCUGCUUCAGGUGGUCAAAUCCCAAACCUAGGCAGUGGAACACCUUUUAAAGCAUCAAACAUGGUUUCGUCCAGUAAUCUGAACUGGAUGCAUCCCAAUGCCUCUUCAUCUAUGCAAGGAAUAACCCGAGGUUCCACAUAUUCCCAUGGUGAAGGGCUAAUGAUGGAUCCCUCUUUGCAACAGCCUAAUAUAUCUUUCUAUGGAACACCUUUAGCUAGUGGGCGAGGCAAUUCGGGACCGUAUUCAUCGAUGCAAGGAGUACCACAUAGCUCUGUCUAUAUGCUCUCUGUUAAUUCAAAUGAGAAGCCUGUCUCACCAGUGCCAGAAUUUGCUAAUCCGUUCUCGGGUGAUAAUCCUUCUGUUUCUCCGGGUCAAGGUCAUUCUGUGGACAGGUCUUUCUUGCUAAGGCAAGGGUUCCAGGAAAGAGGUUUAGUAGGUCAAGCUUCUGCUCAGACGUUAAAUACUGGAAUGUCUUCACAAAAUUUCCUGCACGGGAAAAUAGAUACCCAUCCAAAAGGAUACAGCAGAACAGGUGGACAUCCAAGUGGCUCUAGAUUCGAGCAAGAACAAACCAAACAAACUAAUGAUUCUCGAGGUACUGCUAUAUUGGAUCCUCUAGAAGAGAAGUUCUUGUUUGAUACAGAGGGCAGCGGCUGGGACACUUCUUUCAGCAAGCUUGCUGCCAUAGAUACUGCAGAAUUUGUGAGUACUUGUCAUAGAGAAAGUAUGAAUUCAUUUUCUUCUAUGCAAAGCGGAAGCUGGAGUGCUCUUAUGCAGUCUGCUGUUGCUGAGGCUUCUAGCAGUGACGCUGGUAUACAGGAAGAGUUGAGUGGUUUAAGUUUUCAGAACACAGACUCAUCCAUCGGAAAACAACCAUCAAAUCUGAGAGCUCCUUCAUCAUCUGUUGGCACCAUGCUAAUAAAUGGAACUGUUCCAGCUGGACACCCAGUAUAUAAUUGGAUUGGUACGAAUGAUAAAAUUUUUGAAGAUCUUUCUCAGGGAAGCAGAAAUUCUGCUCUUUCAACGUCAGGCAUGAUCAGAAAUGAUUAUGAGUUCGUUCAGCAGGCAGUUGACAGUCAUAAUUACAUGCAUGUGUACGAUGAUACUGAUCAGAAAGAUUACAAAAGCAUGGGGCAUGACCACCAGUCAAGUAGUAACCCCAUGGCUGUUGAUGCACUUUAUAAAAGAGCAGCUGAAAUAUAUGGAAAUCAAAACCGCUAUCAAGCAGAAAAUUCAUGUGACAGCUACAAUUCUAAAGUAUCACAAGCAGAUCAUGCAUGCUUGAAUGCGGAAGACUCUGAAUCUUCUGCAAGGAGCAGCCACAAAUCACAAAACCAGGCCCUGUGCGUAUCCUCCCCUGGAGCUAACAGUCAGCAAGAGUGUUUUAGCCACUUAAAGUCCAGCGAUGCAUUUCCUACACAUAAUGAUUCUUUGAUGAAGGGGAAGCCAAAGUUGCCAGCUGAAGCAUUUUCAAAAGGCAGUCCAGCAUCUGACAUGUCUGCUUCUUUUGAGAGUCAAAAUACAUCCGGGCAUAACAAGGCAAGCCAAACCAGGGAUCAUAGAAGUACAAUGCACGUGGGUUUCAAUAUCAGUCAGGCAGAGUCCCAGGUACUGGAUAUACCAAAAAUCUCAGUUUCUCAGGGGGGAGCCAAUCCAGACAAAUUUUCCUUUCAAAGCUCCAUGCCAGGGGAUUCUAGUCUUGGUAGUUUGGGAAAUGGACAAAGAGGUCAAACAUGGUGGACACCCUCAUCUUAUGGGAAUUCUUUUCCUCCGUUGCAAAGAGCUUCUCUAUCACAAGGUUGCAGUGGCAAGAACAUUUUUGCAAAGACUACAAUUGAAACCUCAAACUUAAAAAGUGAGAGUAACUCCCUUGAAGGUUUAUUUUCUGGUCCUCUGCAUGUGAGCAACCGGCCUGAUGGAAAACACAUAUCUAAAGUUUCUGAAACAUCUGUACCAAUUCAAAGGACUUUUCCUGAGAUGACUCAACAAAUAUCUUUGUCUGAUUUUCUCCCUACCCAAGAUGGUUACCCAUUAAAGAAUGUCAGUUCUUUUGGCCAUGAGUAUACUGCCUCAGGAGCCUCUCCAGUCACACAGUCGACAGUUAUACAAGGUAUGUAUCGUCAGGGUGUGAAACCUUUUAAUGUAUGGAGGGAUGUGCCAUGUCAGAAGAACAUGAUAGAUAUGUCAUCGUUGGUUGGUGUAACUUCCAGGAGUUUAGCAAUGGUCAAAGAUAGUCCUCAUGAGCAAAAGGCGUCAAUAACUGAGACUGCUGAUGUUCUUAAAGGUCAUGAAUCUGCAGAGAAGUACCUCAGUAUCUUAACUGAUGCAUCGGCUUAUGCGGAAAGUUCUAUAAACCAGCAGGGCUACCCUAAUAGUGGGCUGGUUCAGAAGAGUUCCUCUGGGAUAACCUUAAGUACUCUUCCCACCUAUAGCCAACCUGAACUAUUACAUAAUAUGGGUAACAUCAAGCAGCAAGAAAAGAUCUGUGAUGCUGAUUUUAAUAAGGUGGACUACAAUUCAUCUUCUCUAUACAACCUAAAUAAGUACAGGAUUACUGAUUUCCCAGGGCAACAACCACUGUAUGAAAUGCAUGAACAGGCCAAAAAUACUGUUGGCAGUCAAUUUGAUUCAUGUUCAUCUCGCCACACUAUCACCCCUUCUUUGUCUUCCGGGGCAAGAAGCAGCAUGAUGGAAAUAUCUUCAGAACCUUCGUCUUUGCAAUAUGUAUAUCCUCAUAAGGUGCCUGUCUUUGCCCAGGGUUACUCAAAUGGUAACAAUAUCAUAUCUGAUAGAGUUAGACAUAUGCAGAAUGAAUAUAUGAAAAAUAGGCAGAUUCUAUCUCUGUAUGAUUCUGCAACCCUUUAUUCCAUUAAGGCACCUGAGAGUUUGCAAUUAAAUGGAACUAUCACACAUGUUAAUGGAAUUCCAGCUGGCAGAAAAUGUAGUAUUGUGCCAGGUCUGGUUAAUCAGAUGGUCACAUGUGAACAACCACUACCAUCAUCUGUGGUUCCUGCAGAUGCUAACGUAAGCCUGGAUCUUAGUAAAAUAAAGAAGCGUAAGACUACCAUGUAUGACUGCCUUCCCUGGCACAAGGAGGUGAUGAAAACUCUACAGGUGCUUCCAGAUAUCAGUACUUCAGAGCAAGAGUGGGCAGAGGUUACGAAUCGGCUGAUAGAGAAGUGUAUAGAUGAAGGUGAGAGAAAUGAAUGGGAAAUGCGACCAUCUAUACGUGCCAAGAGAAGACUCAUUUCGACUACAAAGCUCAUGCAGCUGGUUUUUCGACCCCCGUCACCAACUGUCCUUUCUGUAAAUGCUAGUGUGGAAUAUGAGAUUGUGACAUACUCUAUUACCAAGUUAGCAUUAGCUGAUGCAUGCAGUUUGGCCAAUAAAACAAGGACUGAUUAUAACAUUCCUCAUGAAUUCGGUAACAUGAACAAAAAUGGCAGGAUUGCUGAUUGCCUUUCUGAUAAAGCUACGGAACUUUUUAAGAGAACCGAAGAGUUGGAAACCCAUAUAGACAGAUUGAGCAAGGGUAUUUCAGUUGCAGAUGUCCUGGUAGAGUGCCAGGAGCUAGAGAAGUUUUGUGUCACUAACCAUUUUGCGAGAUACCAUAGCCGUGUACCAGACCCAGGGGCAAGUGAUUCAGCAUCUUCGUUAACUGGUGUGGCAUCUGUAAGACCAUUCCUUCAGAGAUAUGUUAGUGCAGUUCCCUUACCCCCGAAAUUACCAGAAGGGGUACAAUGUCUUUCACUUUGAUCCAAGUUUUAGCCUCUUCAUUCGCCCUCAGUACAUAAUUUUUAUUCUGCAUGCCUUCUCAUAAACAUGGUUCACUUUGCAUGGUCCUUCUUGCACUUAUAAAACAAGCUAGGAGAUCAACUCAAGAAAAGCUUGGACCCAUGGUUCAGUUCCUAGAACCAAGGAAUCUGCUCCCCUUUUGUUGGCCGGUCGUCAAAUUUUGGCAGUAUAUAUGUCUUAUGUAUAUCUUUUUUAUUUGUAGAAAUUAGGAAGAAUUCAGAAGUAAUCUGAUCUUGUACGGAUGUUAUAAACUUAGACCGUUUAGAUCUUCCAACGGUGACUCCACUCAAACAAUGUAAAAUUAUUUAAUGUCAUCAGUACUUCCAUAA